AGGGGAGGAUAUGGUAACGGAGGCCAGGGAGGCUAUGGUAAUGGAGGCCAGGGAGGCUAUGGAGCUGGUCUGGGAGCAGGAAAUGGCCAAGGAAUGGGAACGGGAGCCGGACUGGGCUCACAGGGUGGGAAACCACGUGGAGGUGGAGGAUACGGUGGUAAUGGAUAUGGCACACAGCCAGGUUACGGGGCUGGAGCUGGAGCCAGAGGCUAUCCACGACCAGGUGCUGGAGCUGGGUAUCCCAAUGGACAGGGAUCUAAGGGACCAAAACCGGGAUAUGGUGCAGGAGCUGGAGUGCCCAAUGGACAGGGUGCUAAACCCAAUGGGUAUGCUGCAGGAGCUGGAGGAGUUCCCACUGGACAGGGUGCUAAACCAUCCAAACAGGGAUAUGGUGCAGGAGCUGGAGUGCCCAAUGGACAGGGUGCUAAACCCAAUGGAUAUGUUCCAGGAGCCGGAGUUCCCAGUGAUCAGGGAGCCAAAGGCAAUGGAUAUGGUCCAGGAGCUGGAGCUACCAACGGUGCUAAAAGCAAUGGAUAUGGUCCAGGAGCUGGAGUUCCCAGUGAUCAGGGAGCCAAAGGCAAUGGAUAUGGUCCAGGAGCUGGCAUUCCCAAUGGUCAGGGUGCUAAACCCAAUGGAUAUGGCCCAGGAGUUGGAGCACCCAACGGUGGUAAAGGAAAUGGAUAUGGUGCAGGAGCAGGAGUUCCCAAUGGUCAGGGUGCUAAACCCAAUGGCUACGGUGCUGGAGCAGGCAGCUACCCUGGGGCAGGAAACAACGGCUAUGGAGCAGGUGCCAGUCUGGGACAGGGAGGAUACCCCCAGGGUGGAGCAGGUGGAUACCCCCAGGGUGGAGCAGGUGGAUACCCCCAGAGUGGAGCAGGAGGAUACCCCCAGGGUGGAGCAGGAGGAUACCCCCAGGGUGGAGCAGGUGGAUACCCCCAGGGUGGAGCAGGUGGAUACCCCCAGAGUGGAGCAGGAGGAUACCCCCAGGGUGGAGCAGGAGAAUACCCCCAGGGUGGAGCAGGAAAACAAGGCAAAGCUGGCGGUGGUGCUAAUCUGGGACAGGGAGGAUACCCCCAGGGUGGAGCAGGUGGAUACCCCCAGGGUGGAGCAGGUGGAUACCCCCAGAGUGGAGCAGGAGGAUACCCCCAGGGUGGAGCAGGCAAACAAGGCAAAGCUGGCGGUGGUGCUAAUCUGGGACAGGGAGGAUACCCCCAGGGUGGAGCAGGAGGAUACCCCCAGGGUGGAGCAGGUGGAUACCCCCAGGGUGGAGCAGGUGGAUACCCCCAGGGUGGAGCAGGUGGAUACCCCCAGGGUGGAGCAGGCAAAUCAGCAGGUUAUGGUGAUCAAAUGGGAGGAGCAUACCCCGGGGCCGGAGCGGGCAACGGAUAUGGGAAUGGUGGAGGCCCAGCUGGUGGGGCCAAUGCAGUGCCUGCAGGCAAUGGCAAUGGCUACGGUGCUAGUACUGGAGGCAAUGGUUAUGGAGCCGGGAUUGGGUACCCAACAGUGUUAGCGGAUGGUGCUGCUGGGCUGGGAGGCAAGGCAGGGAAGGGAGCAGGAGGUCUUGGCGCAGGAGGAUAUCCACAGGGACAGGAGAAAUAUGGGGGAGGAGUAAGUCAGCUUCCUUACAAUGGAGCCCCAGUCAAUACUGCUGGACUGGAUGCAGGUGAUGGAAGCUUCCCUUAUGGUGCUCAGCAACUGGGCCUUGGUGGUGAUGGAGGCAAAUCCCCUGGCAAAUAUGGCAAUGGUGGAUUGCCACAGGGUGCACAACAGGGUGCACAGCCUUAUGGACCUGCGACUGGUGGUGGGAAACCACCUUGCAAAAAUGGAAACGGAGGGGGCUUUGGAGCACAGCCAGCAGGCUAUGGUCAAGGACAGCUGGGUGCAGGUCAGAGUGCCCCCUACAGUAACGGAGCAGGAGGGAAGGAAAGCAAAUAUGGUGGUGGUGGACUGACUGGAUUCUUUGGAAACGGAGGGUACAAAGGUUAAGUCAAUCAGCUGAGGCCUUCUUGCAGUGAAUAUUUGUUCCGUUCCAUCAUGUGUUCAUUGUGAUUGUGUUUGUUGUUUGGUCUGUUGUUACAUUUAACUAUUCCAUUUUUGUUUUGUAUUUGUGUUUUUUGUUUAUGGUUCUAGUCUUUUCUAUUGUUGUGUGUCUGUCCCCUCUCUUCCUCUACUGGUUUUGGAGAUUGUGUUGCCAGUGUGUUUGUGUGCAUAUCCAUUUCACACUAAAGGGCAGAAAGCAACCACAUAAUGUCUGUCAGUCUCCUCAUUCUUUUAACCUUGGCACCAGUAUUGUAAAUGUACUGUACAUGUGAUGUGGGGGUUGAGUUUUAAGACUGAAGCUCUAUGAGUUUAAAUCAACACCAAAUAAAAUACAAUUCAAAGACCUGUUCCCAAAACCUGA